GUGUAGCUGUUUGCGAUUAAAAUGUAAAAAUUACCUCUCUUGACAUAAAAUUACUUCAAUAAAAAUAUAUAAAAGUUGCCGUAGUAUUCUAGUGUACGUAAAACAUCAAACCAGGAAACUAGAACGUGUCGCGCGGAAAACAAUUUAAUAAAAUAAAAUGUUGAAGAUUCACGUACUACUGUGUUUUGGAAUGGCAAUUCUAUAUUUUGGGAGUGCAAAGGCUGUGACACCAGAAGAAUCAAAAGCAUUCGAAGCGUUUGCAAAACCCGUAAUAGAGCAAUGCCAGAAAGAUUUUGGGAUGGAUAAGGAAUCCUUUGCUCAGAAAAAUCUAGACGAAAUCGACGAAUGUUUAAUAGCUUGCGUCGUUGAAAAAUUUGGUAUUACGAAUGAUGAAAAAAUUGAUGGUGAUGCACUCAAAGCCUUAGUUACAAAGUUUGUUGGAAAUGAAGAGGAAAGAAAUAAAAUUAAUAAAAUCGUUGAAGAAUGUACGGAGGAUGCCAACAAAUCUGGAGAUGGGACUUGUAACACUUCCACAAUAUUAUUCCUAUGCCUACUUAAAAAUGGAAAGGAUCUAUGGGGAUUUUAAGCCAUCGAUUAUGAUGCCAAAAAGAAAACACACGUUCACAAUUGCUUGAUAUUAUAAUUCAUUAUUGAACCAUA